CACGUCGGCCCCGCAGUGACGUAAAUCCGUGGGAGGGGGGGGGGAGACCCGUGAUGGCGGCGGCGGCGGCAGCGGCGGCUGUCGAGGAGGAGGAGGCGACUCGUUUCUUCUGCCACAGCUGCACCCGCGAGGUUCACCCCAAGCUGCCCGAAUACACCUGCCCACGCUGCGACUCUGGCUUCAUUGAAGAGUUACCUGACCAGCAGCCAAGUGCCAGCGAUGGCAGCUCCACCAACAGGAACCAGGAUCCCGAGGCACAGUUUUCAGAGCUGUGGGGGCGCAUGGUGAUGACGUGGUUUGCCGAUGGCGACGAGGACAGGGUGCCCAACCGCAUGCACCCGCAGAGGCCCGGCUCUUCUUCGUCGUCGCUGCCCGUUGCUGAGAGUUUGCGGGGAGAUCCUGAGCGAGACCGCGAGCGUGAGCGCGAUCGCGAUCGAGACCGAGAGAGCCAGGCCAGGGACCGACGCUACCGCUUGCCGCGCACCCGGCACAGCUUCCGGCGUCACCGUGUGGAGCGCUCGCCUGCCAUCGAGGGGAUUAUCCAGCAGAUGCUCGGUGGACUCUGGGGCCCUGCACGAUCACCUUUUCCUCCGUUCACUCUUGAUGUGUUACACAGUAGCCCCGCUGAUUACGUGUGGGGAGCUGGAGGUCUGGACGCCAUCAUCACGCAACUGCUGGGACAGUUGGACAACACGGGACCCCCUCCGGCUGACAAGGAGAAGAUCUCAUCCCUCCCGCGGAUCACGAUCGCGCAGGAACACCUCAACUGCAGCAUGGAGUGCGCAGUUUGCAAAGAAGACUACAGCGUAGGCGAGAGCGUGCGUCAACUCCCCUGCCUUCACCUCUUCCACAGCAACUGCAUCGUGCCUUGGCUGGAAAUGCAUGACAGCUGCCCCGUGUGCAGGAAAGGCUUGAACUCUGAACUGGACAGCACCGACAGCAGCCAGAUGGAGCUUAUGUAGUGUGGCAGUGGUGAGUGCUUCAGAGAAGACCAUUCCUUUCCUACAAAUCCAAAACGUCAGCGUUCCCUUGUGUUACUGGAGACUUACAUCGGGCUGAGCACAUCCAGAAACAAUCUUGUGACAUAGUAAACAGUGGACAGCAUUUAAGCUGGUUGUCAUCUGUACAAAAUACAUCAGUUUUUUUUUUACUUUUGAAUAGCGCUGUAGAGGUUGGAGGUGUCGUGCAGGCUGCGACAGCAAAGCAUGUUUAUUUGGGAACAUUUCCCACUUUGUGGCGCACUCGGGAUAGAGACAAUUUUACUAUCACAAUUUUCCCGCUGAUUUUCACUUUUUGGAAGUGCACCGAGGAACCUUCAACUUUAAUUUUUUUGUACUCCCUUUUUUUUGGUUCGAAAGUAGAAGAUCUAACCAAUAAAAACAAACAGGUCUUGUAGAUAUGUACCUUGAAUGUGUCCUGGGCUGGCCGACACGAUUGAAGCUUUGUUUAAGAAAAUAAAUGAAACGUUAUGGUCAGGUACAAUUUAUUGACAUCACUGUGGCAUCAGUCCCGUUAUUUUUGCAGUGAUAUAACAGGAUGCCUGAUUAUAAUUUUCUCAUUAAUACAUUGUCCAUCCAAUGUUGGAGAGCACAGAACACAGCCUUGGGGUGUAUCUACAAGGUUUCAUUUUCCAUUAAUUGAAAACACUUAAUUAGUAAAUGAUCAUUCAAAGUAACGGCAGAAAUUGCAGAAGGAUGUGUGUUUACCUGGGAAUAUUGUUUGGCCCUCCCCACUGUUGAUGUAUAUAUAUUACACACACUGCGUCGACUGUGAUAAAUGCACAGUUACCGGCGAUUCACAGAGAACCUCAAUCACUGCAAGUGCUUCGAGGGGGACAUCUCUCACCCCACCAUGAUUUGCCAACUCUGUUUUUUUAUCUCAACUUUCCAUUCAGCGUUUUCUCUCUCUCUUAAGAUGUACUGUACAUACUGUAAAGGUGUGUUGUAUGUCACCAAUGUGAUUUAUCUGCCACCAUUGUGCAAAAUCCUGUGUGGGGGGUUUUUUUGUGGAGAGUGCCCGCGCGCGUUAACAGUGCUAUCAAAAGGCCGCCGCUCGUAUCGGUUUAUUGUAAAUCGUGCAAUAACUGACUUCUACUGUCGUUAUACCCCCUCCCCCUUUUUGCUAGUUUCGCGUUGGUGAGAUUGUUACUAUGCUAAGAUGUUUCGAUUGAGGAACUUAAUGGAAAUAUAUAGGGGUAAGAUUUUCAGCAGGUGGGCGCAGUUCUGUCUUGUAACUCGAAUCUAUUUUAUUUUAUUCUUUUACAGCAACAUUUAACUAAAAGUGCACGAAAUACGCCGUAAAUGUGCCGUGUUGGAAAGUGCCAGGGGUAUUGCUUUCUCCCGGGGAGAUUCGUUGCUGCUGAAAGUUCAGAGUACUCAUUUCACCUGUGAUGUCUCUGGAAGCUCUAAAUGAGCGUAGUGGUCAAUAUAUAGAGCAAAAUUAAUGAAAAAUUGGAUUGUUGGCCUUUUAGCCAUUGAGCCAUCAGUGUUUAACCUUUUCAUCACCAAAUACACCGUGAUCUUACAUUUAUCUUUUUCUGUGUCGGUAUAAUUUCCCAACAGUGUUCACCGAUUAGGAAAAAAAUUACUCGUGCAGCUAUUUACAUGUUGCACACGCUGGAAUAAAUCUUUUACCUCUCGUCAUGAACUAAUGAUCCCGUUUUAAACUUGGUAAAUGUAUGGUCAUGAGCUAAAGUUGUGGAUCCUUUUACACUGAAUAAAGGUCAUUGCCUGAAACACUUAA